AUGAAUAUGUUGGAUGAUGAAGAUGACCAAAGCUUUCACGCUACGCGUGACGGCUACUCCCAUUUGAGCAAUGUCGAAUGGGAUGCGGUUGAACGAAUGGGUUCGACCAUGGGCAUCCAUGCUGUUAGCGUCAUGCUAGAGGCUCUCAAUAGAAAUGCCCAACAUGCUACUAUCGCCAAGUUCAUUCAAAAUGAACUUAACGCUGAACGCGAGAAAGUAGCCUUGCUUCACCAACAAGGUUCUCAACAAUCAGAGUUGGAGAGAGAACAGGGUGCUCAACAGUUUGAACUGUUGAGACAGCAGCAGGCUGCUGCUGGUGGGUCGAUGCACUCGCGUCGACCCGAGACUUUGAAGAUUGACAUCUCUAAGUAUAGGGGAGUCGAAGAGGACUCCCCCUUGAGAUGGUUCGUCGAAUUAGACGACGCCAUAAGGGCGCGUCGCAUCGACGACGGGGGUAUGCAAGUUGCAUUUGCCCAGUCAAAUCUGGUAGGACGUGCCAAGACUUGGGCACUGGGGCUCAAGUUGCACGACCCAUAUGCGUUUGGGUCGUUGGAAGUCUUCAAGUCGCGGCUCAGACAAACGUUUGAACCGCCUAGAGCUGAGUUCAGGGCUCGAACUGAACUCUUGAAGCUCAAGCAGGGUAAGCGUGAUGGUCUUGCGGAUGGUCCCGUCAAGACUCACCUGUUCCGGCUUGAACUAGAUUCACUAGAACAAGCCAUUUCCAUUGCGGAGCAGGAAGACUUCAGUCUGAGACAGGCUCGCGCAGCUCGACAUCACAUCGUCCACCGAGACGAUAUGACAACGGAGGUCCAGAGCCGAUGGAACUCUAUUAUGUAG